CCCUGCAUCUGUAAGUAGCCCAGUUGUUUACUUCAUCCUUUUCCCAUCUAACCCAACAAAUUCAGAACUCUCUAAACAAAGCAAAUCACAGAGAACGCUAGAGAAGAGACAUCUCGAUCUCUAGAUGGGUAUGAGAAGCAACAUCCGGCACAAUGUGAGGCUUCGGCAGAUGCUAAGCCGGUUGAGGAUCCGGGCAAUGGGGUUAUCGCCUCCUUCACGGCCGGCGAUUGACGUGCCGGCGGGGCACAUAGCGGUUUACGUGGGGAGCAUGGGCCGGAGAUUCGUGAUCAGGGUUAAGCAUCUCAACCAUCCAGCCUUCCGGAAUCUCCUCCACCAGGUCGAGAAGGAGUACGGCUUCCACCAACCCGGCCCGCUCUCCCUUCCCUGCGAUGAGACCGCCUUCCUGCAGGUCCUUCGUCAGAUCUCGUCCUCAUACGCCUUCCGCUUCGCCUCCGCUAACAAUUUCGAUUUUGCGGCCUCUGGAUCCUGCUAUUUCCGCCGUGCCGGAAGGAGGAGCCCCCGGCGCGGCGAUGCCAUACCUCUGCUUCGCGGGUACGCCGAGGAUCAGGUCUGGUGAGCGCUG